UCUGCUCUGAUCUGCUCCACUGGCCUCAGACUAUUAUGGGCUUUUUCACACACGGACGUCACCGUGAAGAUGGCGGAGGCUGCAGAGGCAACACAACACCGGUUUUUCUGUCACUGCUGUAAACGUGAAACAAACCCUAAGCUCCCGGACCUGGUCUGCCCCAGAUGUGACUCUGGCUUCAUUGAGGAGGUGACAGAAGAGUCCAGUCUCCUGCAGGACAGCACGUCAUCUGCCAGCGAAGACUCAGACUCAUUGUUCUCAGAAUUAUGGCAGCUACUGUUUAUGGAGCGCUCUGCUCUGCUGUCCCAUCCGCCUUCCUCAGGGUCCCGUCCAGAUGACAGCCAGCAGGUGUCUGCAGGUCAGACCGGCUCUUUUCUGCUGUCACAGGCUGCUGCUGAGGCCACAGAACCAGAGUCUUCACCCCGGCCUGAGCCGGAGAGGGGGUCCAGGCCUGAGCAAAGGCCUGCAGUGGAAGGGAUUGUACAGCAGGUCUUAGCCGACCUCUUCGCCAACAACGGAAACCCUGGUGCUGCACCAGCUGCACUCUCCAGCAUGUUACAGUUAUACGCAAACCCAGCAGACUAUGCGUGGGGUCAGGGAGGUCUGGAUGCUGUCAUCACAGAGUUGUUAGGACAGUUGGAGGGUUCAGGUCCACCUCCUGCAGAAAAGGACAUGAUCUCAUCCCUGCCAACAGUUUGCAUCUCUAAGGAACAAAAAGACUGCAGACUGGAGUGUCCAGUUUGUAGGGAGGAGUAUUCAUUUGGGGAAUCUGUCAGGAAACUACCUUGUCUCCAUUACUUCCACAGUCACUGUAUAGUGCCCUGGCUGGAGCUGCAUGACACCUGCCCAGUGUGCCGCAAAAGCCUUGACGGCGUCGAUAACAGCCUCCCAUCCACAGCACAACCUGCAGGAGAUCGUGUCAUCAGGGCAGAGCAACAGGAGAGGCAGGCGAUCUGAAAAACAAAGUGAACUACUCUACCUCCUUUACUGUUUUCAAUAGACAUGCUGCUCUCCUCCAAGACACACUUAAAAAAUUGCAGCUUCAGCUUUCAUUUGUAUCAUACAUCUCUACCAAGGACUAUGGGUUUUUUUUUUUUACACAAACAUUGUCACUUUACAGCACAUAAAUAAAGGACGUGGCAGUUUGUUUUGUUUAAAGUUGGUUUACUCAAUGACAACUUCAUGCACUAACUAAUCACCAUCUGUUGUUUUUUUAAAAAACCCAGUUUAUUUGUGAAUAUAUUUCUAUACAAUAGGCUGUUAUUAAAGCUUAACCUUGUGAUCCUCA